AUGGGAGGCAAAGAGAAAGGGGGUAUGUCGGGCGCGGGUGGUGUGUCGGCCAGUGAUGAGAGCAGUGAAAGACUCACUUAUGAAGCGAUUGUCGAGUCGUUUGUCACAAACAAUGCAUUCAAAUGUGAUUACAAUGAAUGCGACAAAAGAUUUUCAUCUCAACAACGAUUGGAUUCACAUAAACAGAGAAGACAUGUCUCAUCGACUUCUCAACAACCGGAGAGACCAUUACGAGCACCAGGUGUUAGGGAACACCCCGUCAGUGGAAACCCACCACAAAGUAAACGCCGAAAACAGUCACACAGUGAAGACAUACCUGCGCUCAACAUUUCAAAGACUACAUCUCAAGAGCCAACCAUUUCAACGACUACUUCAUUGGACAACACGUGCCAUAACAGUGAUAUUCAAGACAUUAGUGAAGACACUGAUUGUGUGGUAAACAGUGAUUCAGAUUCUGAUAUUGAAGUCAUGAUUGAAAUACCGGCGCUCAAUGCACAAGAGGACCGCUCAGGGAUAGUAUCAGAUGAUUGCAUACAAGUGCCGGACCCCUCACAACACACCACUAAUAACACACAAAAUACGGAACCAUUUGAUCCGAGACUCAGGAAUAGGUCGACCCCUUCCAGCACUGCCAAUUGGUUUGUUGUCCAAAAUAACUGUGAUUUAAGCACUGGUGAGACAAGUGAUGCCAAUAUCCCUGCCUGUGAUCUCUUGGGCUGCAAAUGGACUUUCAAACACAAUCACAAACAGACAGACAAUACACGCGACAAAUCUACCGAUAAUCCCGAUAUUACUGUUGUUAAGACUGAGACCACAACCCAUACCUCAACAAAAUAUAUACAUCUAAAGGCUACCGACCGGCCAAUGCCACUGCCAUCGCCUACCAAACUUGAUUCCGAUAGCAAGUCAUAUACCUGUGAUAUGCCUGACUGUGGGAAACAGUUUACGAGUAAUUUUGUGUUAAUUCAACACAAAUAUGUUGUCCAUAAAAUACCCGACGCUUAUUAUAUCUCCAACACUACGCCUACCGUUCCCUGGCCGAGCUACCCUUCCAGCGCGCUCAACACUACGCCUACCGCUACCCCUACUUCUACCCAACUUUGGCCAAACACUUGCAACUCUUCGUCGAAUAGUUACAUCCCUGUGCGGGACCCUCGGCAACAAACCUCGGUGUUUAGUACCAAUGAUGCCUUGAAUGAGCACCGAAUGGCCGUCCAUAUGAAGCCAAAUCAUAUCCAGCCUUACGUUUGCAAUAUUUGUAACGAAGGCUUCACUCGUGAGGUCGCCUACGAUAGACACAAACACACUGCUCAUACAGGCGUACCUCACAAUCCAUUCCCAAUACCCGAGUACUUCCAGAAAAACAAAAAGGUCGCCCCACAGGACAUGGCGUUCGUAUGCGAUAUCCCUGAUUGUGGCAAACGGUUCAUAAACGGACACAUUUUGAAAACACAUAGACGUCUGGACCAUAAGGUGGGGUCGGGCUAUAUAUGCCUUCGCAUAGACUGUACGAAAGUAUUUGAGACCAAAUUAGAGCUCCAGACCCAUCAUCGCAAGGACCACAAGCAGCUGAUGGACUUUGUGUGCGAUGUCGGGGGCUGUGGGCAGAGGUUUUUUAACGGACAACAGCUUAUGGAUCACAAACUCAAUCACCAUCAGGUUGUCUGUACUCAACCACCCGUAGGGGGAAUAGGCUUUCGAUGCGAUUGUGGAGUAGUGUUAACCACACAGCAGGAGCUCGACGGCCAUCAGAUACUCGAUCAUUACAGGGCUCGCGCCCACACGCCCGCCCCUCCCCGUCCACUUACACGACAUGUGAACCUAAAUGAAGUGAAAUGUGAUAAAUGCGGCAAAAGUUUUAAGACGCAGACGGCGCUUAACAGCCAUACGUUGGACGUCCAUAAGGGUAGCAAAGAUGAUAGCAAUGAACUCGUGUGGCAUUUGUAG